UUGACGUCAUCGCUGAGGAGGGGCUCCUCGUGCGGCUGGUCGCUGUUUGUGGUGCUGAAAAAACAACGUCUGUACUGUCAGUGUGUGUGUUGCACAUUUUAGCCAUCUUUAUUUCCCCCUCUCCGCCUUCUUCUUCUUCCUCCUCCAGAAGAACCAUGCCUCUGUAGUGCCGGUUUCUCCCCCAGCAGAGCUCACCUGAGUCGGCCUCCAUCAUGCAGGUUUAGCGGUCGGAUCUCUGGAUCUUCUUCAGGAAUGGAUUCACUUUCCUCUCCCGUUCUCCUGCUCUCUUUUCUGGCUCUCAGCCUCUCUUCACCUGCCCUGGCUGACAGGAAAUUCGGCUGCCUGUUUGAAGACGAGCUGUGUUCUCCGUAUGAGUUCUGCGUCAAUGAUGAAGUGUUUGGACGCUGUCAGGAGUUGGCGGCUGCAGAUUUGUACACAUACGAUAUUUCUUCUUCUGCUCUGCAACGCCUCAGGAUCCUGCUUCAGAAACUGGCUCACAGAGGUCUGACAUGGCAGGACGACCUCACCCAGCAGGUGAUUUCUCGAGAGCUUUCCAAACUGAGAACGGUUCCUCUUCGCCAUCAGACCUCAGCUCAGAGUCCUCUGAACGCCUUCAGUGGGUCCAGAGACCUGAAGCUGAGCAGAAGCAUGAAGCAGUAUCUGAGCGGACUGGGUUUCCUGCCUGAGGGACAGACAGGAAGUCAACGAGCCAACGUUCAGAAUGAAGAUGUGAAGUCUGAAGGAGACCUGGAGCCCAGCCGCUCCAAACCGAAGCACAGCUGGAAGGAAACGACUGUCUUCAGCCACCAGAAAGAAGCCGGACAACCUCCAAUCACCAACGUUUUCACCCACACUGGGGAGGGAAAACACCCGAAGCUCAGUCCAUCUUACGCUAACCGGGACCAAGGGAGGAACAAACUGUUAGCGAGUCAUCUGGAGCGGCUGCUGUCUGCGGUACCGAGCACUCAGCAAGGGAACGAAAAGCUCCACUACAUCAACUACAUCCGUCCAGCUUCGAGCAACCAAGCAGAAUCUCAGGUGGCUUUUACCUCCAAAUCCCAAAGGCCGAAUCUAGACAGACUUCUGUUCAAAGCCAGCUCUAAUCCACCGGCUGCCAAAGAGCCUCUCAGCGCCGUCGACGAGCGAUUCAUCCAGAACAUGGUGAACCAGCUGGGGCGGCACAGUGUUCACUUUGAGUCUCUGAUGGGGAAAGAUCUGGACCAUUUGGCGGGGGUUAUAGCUGGAGCUCUGAACCAGGAGAAAGAGGGGCGUCCUGGUCCUGAAACUGGAUCAAAUGCUGGAUCAAAACCUGCUGAGUCCAGACCCAUGGUGGCACUGCUGAAAGAAAACCAGGACAGGAAACAAGAACAUCUAAAAAAGGAAGACACAGCGAGACCCAAAGAGCCAGGCCAACAGAGAGCCGGCGCAGACAAAGAGCCCGUUGACAAGCACGCAGCGUUCUUCUCCAAGCUGCUGGACUACCUCAACAUGGAGCCGUUCAACGACGCUCCUCAGGUUAACGUCGGAGCGCCGGCUUCCCUCCGGAAAACCGUCGGACAGGAAAACGUCCAGAGCCGAACGACGCUGGGUCAACUUCCUGCUGCUCUCCACCUGCAGGAGAAACCACAACAACAACAACAACAACAGCAGCAUGAGGAGGAACCACAGAAGAUGAAGGAGGUGAAGGUGAAGACUCAGCUGGUCCACGUGGCGGUGAAGGAGUUCUCCAGCAGAGGGAAGGACAGACACUUCGGAUACAUCAUCACCGGAUCAGACUCCCUCACCUCUUCCCAGGGUUCAGAGCUGAUGGAGCGCCUCACGGAGAAACUGAACCUCCACGUUUCAGACCUCACACAACUCUCAGUCCUGGGUCCAGCGUUGACGUUCAGAAUCGGCCCGAAUCCCAAAAACGUGACCACCGCAGAUCUGGUUCAAGAAGCCGGUAAGAGCA